CUUCACCCACGAUCUCUUUCUGUAUAAACUUUGAAAAUCAUUUUACAUAUUGUGUGAGAGAAAAAGAAAACUAACGUUUGCAUGAUCAGAGAGUGAAAACAAGAAUGGGUUCUCCUACACCAAAGCUUUCUCUAUAUUCAUUUCCGAGUAAGGCCAAAGAGCCGCCAGGAAUGAUAACGCCGCCGAUCCAUGCCUCGGUUUCGAUUCCAUUCAAGUGGGAGGAAGCACCGGGCAAGCCUAGGCGGCCAUAUCGUGGUGAAAACGAAACCGAUACAAUCAGUCGAUCGAAGUCAAACGUGGCUAGAUGCUUGCAACUGCCUCCGAGAUUGUUAUCUGAGUCCAAAGUUGCUAACAUUCCAUCUCCAACAGCAGUCUUGGAGGGGCCUGAUGCGUGUCGGUUUGUGUCCAACACCUUGUCGUUUGGAAAAGUUGGGUCUUUGAGGAGACUCGACAAAGUUGUGUACGGAUCCAGUAGGCGGGGGAGCUUUAGAAAGGCCGGACGAAAUGUUCAGGGUAGUUUUCACUUUUCAACUCCGGUUGUUGACGGCGGAGAUGUGGAAGUGAAGAUCACAACAGUUAGGAAGAAACCCAGUUUUCUGAACCUUUCUCAAGCUGGCUCACAUAUCUUGGCAAGCAUUUAUGAAAGCUUCAAGAAAGUGGUCCCAUGGAGACGUAAGCAUGAGAAAAUGCAGAAAAAUGACUCCUCAAACGCUUUGCCAUCGUCUGAUCUGCGAGAUCAGUUGUUUGAACUUCAAAGCACUCAUUAG